GGUGUCGCCUAGCAGCCGCUGCCGCUCUUGCUUGCACAGGACCAGUUGGCUGGAUCCAGAGUCCGGGUGAAACCGUGCUGGGGAGUGGUCGGGCGUGGCGGCGGGACCGAGCUUGGUCCCUGCGGCCCAUGAAGGGACGCUGCUGGUUGCCCGGCUUCGUUAGAAGGUAAAGCGCAGUGAAAGAUUUCACGAUGCCACCUAAUAUAAACUGGAAAGAAAUAAUAAAAGUUGACCCAGAUGACCUGCCUCGUCAAGAAGAAUUGGCGGAUAAUUUAUUGGUUUCCUUAUCCAAGGUGGAAGUAAGUGAGCUAAAACAUGAAAGUCAAGAAAAUGUGAUACAUCUAUUCAGAAUUACUCAAUCACUAAUGAAGAUGAAAGCUCAAGAAGUAGAGCUAGCUUUGGAGGAAGUUGAAAAAGCUGGAGAAGAACAAGCAAAAUUUGAAAAUCAAUUAAAAACUAAAGUCAUGAAACUGGAAAAUGAACUGGAGAUGGCGCAGCAGUCUGUAGGUGGUCGUGACACUCGGUUUUUACGUGAUGAAAUUCGCCAACUUGAAAAGCACUUGAAACAAAAAGAUAGAAAAUUGGAGGACAUGGAAAAGGAGUUGGAGAAAGAGAAGAAAGUUAAUGAACAAUUGGCUCUGCGAAAUGAGGAGGCAGAAAAUGAAAACAGCAAAUUAAGAAGAGAGAAUGAGCAACUUCGUCAGGAUAUUAUUGACUAUCAGAAACAAAUAGAUUCACAAAAAGAAAUACUUUUAUCAAGAAGAGGAGAAGAUAGUGACUACCAAUCACAGUUGUCUAAAAAAAAUUAUGAACUUGUCCAAUAUCUGGAUGAAAUUCAGACUUUAACAGAAGCUAAUGAAAAAAUUGAAGUUCAGAAUCAAGAAAUGAGAAAAAAUCUAGAAGAGUCUGUACAGGAGAUGGAAAAGAUGACUGAUGAGUAUAGCAGGAUGAAAGCUAUUGUACAUCAGACAGAUAAUAUAAUGGACCAAUUAAAAAAGGAAAAUGAUCAUUAUCGGCUUCAAGUACAGGAGCUUACAGAUCUUCUGAAAGCAAAAAAUGAAGAAGAUGAUCCAGUCAUGGCUGCUGUCAAUGCAAAAGUAGAAGAAUGGAAGUUAAUUUUGUCUUCUAAAGAUGAUGAAAUUAUUGAAUAUCAGCAAAUGUUACAUAACCUGAGGGAGAAAUUGAAAAAUGCCCAGCUUGAUGCUGAUAAAAGUAGUGUGAUGGCUCUACAGCAGGGUAUACAAGAACGAGAUACUCAAAUUAAGUUGCUCACUGAGCAAGUGGAACAAUAUACAAAAGAAAUGGAAAAAAAUACUUUCAUUAUUGAAGAUUUAAAAAAUGAACUUCAAAGAAACAAAGGUGCUUCAACUCUUUCCCAGCAGACUCAUUAUAUGAAAAUUCAAUCGAAGGUUCAAAUGUUAGAAGAGAAAACCAAAGAGGCUGAGAGAAUAGCUGAACUGGCUGAGGCUGAUGCCAGGGAAAAGGAUAAAGAAUUAGUUGAGACUCUAAAGCGAUUAAGAGAUUAUGAAUCGGGAGUAUAUGGUUUAGAAGAUGCUGUUAUUGAAAUAAAGAAUUGUAAAAACCAGAUUAAAAUAAGAGAUCGAGAGAUUGAAGUAUUGACAAAGGAAAUUAAUAAACUUGAGUUGAAGAUUAAUGAUUUCCUCGAUGAAAAUGAGGCACUUAGGGAGCGUGUGGGCCUUGAACCAAAGACAAUGAUUGAUUUAACUGAAUUUAGAAACAGCAAAAGCCUAAAACAACAGCAGUACAGAGCUGAAAACCAGAUUCUUUUGAAAGAGAUCGAAAGUCUAGAGGAAGAACGACUCGAUCUGAAAAAAAAAAUUCGCCAAAUGGCUCAAGAAAGAGGAAAAAGAGCUGCAACUUCAGGAUUAACCAUUGAGGACCUAAGCCUAACUGAAAACUUUUCUCAAGAAAAUAGAGUAGGAGAAAGGAAAUUCGAUUUUGCAAGCCUCAAAAAUAUGAGUGAAACACAAUCAAAGAAUGAAUUUCUUUCAAGAGAACUAAUUGAAAAGGAAAGAGAUUUAGAAAGAGGUAGAACAGCAAUAACCAAAUUUCAGAAUAAAUUAAAAGAAUUAGUUGAAGAAAAUAAGCAACUAGAACAAGGUAUGAAAGAAAUACUGCAAGCUAUUAAGGAAAUGCAGAAAGACCCUGAUGUCAAAGGAGGAGAAACGUCUCUAAUUAUCCCUAGUCUUGAAAGACUAGUUAACGCUAUAGAAUCAAAGAAUGCAGAAGGAAUCUUUGAUGCGAAUCUGCAUUUGAAAGCCCAAGUUGAUCAACUUACUGGAAGAAAUGAAGAAUUAAGACAGGAGCUCAAGGAAUCUCGGAAGGAGGCUAUAAAUUAUUCUCAGCAGUUGGCAAAAGCAAAUUUAAAGAUAGAUCAUCUUGAAAAAGAGACCACUCUUUUACGGCAAUCAGAAGGAUCAAAUGUUAUUUUUAAAGGCGUUGACUUACCUGAUGGGAUAGCACCGUCUAGUGCCAAUAUUAUUAAUUCUCAGAAUGAAUAUUUAAUACGUAUCUUACAGGAACUAGAAUAUAAAGAAAAUAAAUUUAAAAAUUUAGAAGAUUCUCUUGAGGACUAUAACAGAAAAUUUGCAGUAAUUCGUCAUCAACAAAGCUUAUUAUAUAAAGAAUAUCUAAGUGAAAAGGAGACCUGGAAAACAGAAUCUGAAACAGUGAAAGAGGAAAAGAAAAAACUCGAGGAUCAAAUCCAACAAGAUGCUAUAAAAGUAAAAGAAUAUAAUAAUUUGCUCAGUGCUCUUCAAAUGGAUCCAGAUGAAAUGAAAAAAACACUUUCGGAAUAUAGUAGAAAAAUCACAGUCUUGCAAGUGAAUGAAAAGUCCCUCAUAAGACAAUAUACUACCUUAUUAGAAGUGGAGCGACAGCUUAGGAAAGAAAAUGGGAAACAGAAGAAUGAAUUGAUAUCAAUGGAAGCUGAAGUUGGUGAAAAAAUUGGACGUUUGCAACGAUUUAAGGAAAUGGCCAUUUUCAAGAUUGCAGCACUGCAAAAAGUUAUAGAUAAUAGUGUUUCUUUGUCUGAACUAGAAUUGGCCAAUAAACAGUACAAUGAACUGACUGCAAAGUACAGGGACAUCUUGCAAAAAGAUAAUAUGCUUGUUCAAAGAACAAGUAACUUGGAACACUUAGAGUGUGAAAAUGCAUCCCUGAAAGAGCAAGUGGAGUCUAUAAAUAAAGAACUGGAGAUUACCAAGGAAAAACUUCACACUGUUGAACAAGCCUGGGAACAAGAAACUAAAUUAGGAAAUGAAUCGAACAUGGAUAAGGCAAAGAAAUCAAUAACCAACAGUGAAAUUGUUUCUAUUUCAAAAAAAAUCACUAUGCUGGAGAUGAAAGAAUUAAAUGAAAGGCAACGGGCUGAACAUUCUCAGAAAAUGUACGAACAUGUAAGGACUUCAUUAAAGCAAAUGGAAGAACGUAAUUUUGAAUUGGAAGCCAAGUUUGCUGAGCUUACCAAAAUCAAUUUGGAAGCACAGAAGGUGGAACAGAUGUUAAGAGAUGAACUAGCUGAGAGUGUGAGCAAGACAGUGAGUGAUGCUGAUAGGCAGCGGAUUCUAGAAUUGGAGAAGACUGAAAUGGAACUAAGAGUUGAAGUGUCAAAACUGAAAGAGAUUUCUGAUAUUGCCAAAAGACAAGUUGAAAUUUUGAAUGCACAACAACAGUCCAGGGAAAAAGAAUUAGAAUCUGUCAGAAUGCAACUGUUAGACUAUCAGGCACAGUCUGAUGAAAGGGCACUAAUUGCCAAGUUGCAUCAACACGUCGUCUCUCUUCAAAUCAGUGAGGCUACUGCUCUUGGUAAGUUGGAGUCAGUUACAUCUAAACUGCAGAAGAUGGAGGCCUGUAAUUUGCGCUUAGAGCAGAAACUUGAUGAAAAGGAACAGGCUCUCUAUUAUGCCCGUCUGGAGGGGAGAAACAGAGCAAAACAUCUGCGCCAAACAAUUCAGUCUCUCCGACGACAGUUUAGUGGAGCUUUACCCUUGGCACAACAGGAAAAGUUCUCCAAAACGAUGAUUCAAUUACAAAACGACAAACUUAAGAUAAUGCAAGAAAUGAAAAAUUCUCAACAAGAGCAUAGAAAUAUGGAAAACAAAACAAUGGAAAUGGAGUUAAAGUUAAAAGGGCUUGAAGAGUUAAUAAGCACUUUAAAGGAUGCCAGGGGAGCCCAAAAGGUAAUCAAUUGGCAUAUGAAAAUAGAAGAACUACGUCUUCAAGAGCUUAAACUAAAUAGAGAAUUAGUCAAGGAUAAAGAAGAAAUAAAAUAUUUGAAUAAUAUAAUUUCUGAAUAUGAGCAUACAAUCAGCAGUCUGGAGGAAGAAAUUGUGCAGCAAAACAAGUUUCAUGAAGAAAGGCAGAUGGCCUGGGACCAAAGAGAAGUUGAGCUGGAACGCCAACUAGACAUUUUUGACCAUCAGCAAAAUGAAAUACUAAAAGCAGCACAAAAGUUUGAAGAGGCGACAGGAUCAUUGCCAGACCCCAGUUUGCCCCUUCCCAAUCAACUUGAGAUUGCUCUAAGAAAGAUUAAGGAGAAUGUUCGAAUAAUCCUCGAAACACAGGCAACUUGUAAAUCACUAGAAGAGAAGCUAAAAGAAAAAGAAUCUGCUUUACGGUUAGCAGAGCAAAAUAUUCUGUCAAGAGACAAAGUCAUCACUGAACUAAGGCUUCGAUUGCCUGCCACUGCAGAACGUGAAAAGCUUAUAGCUGAACUGGGCAGAAAAGAGGUGGAACCAAAAUCACAUCACACACUGAAAAUUGCUCAGCAGACCAUUGCAAAUAUGCAGGCAAGGUUAAAUCAAAAAGAAGAAGUGUUAAAGAAGUACCAACAUCUUCUGGAAAAAGCAAGAGAGGAACAAAGAGAAAUUGUAAAGAAACAUGAGGAAGACCUUCAUAUUCUUCAUCAUAAAUUAGAACUACAGGCUGAUAGUUCACUCAAUAAAUUCAAACAAACAGCUUGGGAUUUAAUAAAACAGCCCCCUACUCCAGUUCCUACCAAUAAGCAUUUUGUUCGUCUGGCUGAGAUGGAACAGACAGUAGCAGAACAAGAUGAUUCUCUCUCCUCACUUUUGGCCAGACUAAGAAAAGUGUCUCAAGAUUUGGAGAGACAAAAAGAAAUCACUGAAUUAAAAAUCAAAGAAUUUGAAAAUACCAAAUUACGGCUCCAAGAAAACCAUGCAGAAGAAGUGAAAAAAGUGAAAGCAGAAGUAGAGGAUUUAAGAUGUCUUCUGGCCCAGUCACAAAAGGAGUCACAGAGUUUAAAAUCUGAACUUCAGGCUCAAAAAGAAGCAAAUUCAAGAGCUCCAACAACUACAAUGAGAAAUCUAGUAGAACGGCUAAAGAGCCAGUUAGCCUUGAAAGAGAAACAACAAAAAGCACUUAGUCGAGCACUUUUGGAACUUCGGACAGAAAUGACAGCAGCAGCUGAAGAACGUAUUAUUUCUGCAACUUCUCAGAAAGAGGCAGAUCUCAAUGUUCAACAAAUUGUUGAUCGACAUACCAAAGAGUUAAAGUCACAAAUUGAAGACUUAAGUGAAAAUCUUUUAAAAUUGAAAGAAGCACUUAAAACAAGUAAAAACAGAGAAAACUCACUAACUGAAAAUUUGAAUGACUUAACCAGUGAACUGCAAAAAAAACAAAAAGCCUAUAAUAAAAUUCUUAGAGAGAAAGAUGGAAUUGAUCAAGAGAAUGAUGAACUGAAAAGGCAAAUUAAAAGACUAACCAGUGGAUUACAGGGAAAAUCUCUGUUAGAUAAUAAACAAAGUUUAAUUGAAGAACUCCAAAAGAAAAUUAAAAAGCUAGAAAGCCAACUGGAAAGAAAGAUGGAUGAGGCAGAAAUAAAGCCUACGAAAGAAAAGAGUACUAAAGAAGAAGUAAUUAGGUGGGAAGAAGGUAAAAAAUGGCAAACCAAAAUAGAAGGAAUUAGAAACAAGUUAAAAGAGAAAGAGGGGGAAGUGUAUAUUCUAACAAAGCAGUUGAAUACUUUGAAGGAUCUUUUUGCCAAGGCUGACAAAGAGAAACUUACCUUGCAGAGGAAACUAAAAACAACUGGCAUUACUGUUGAUCAGGUUAUGGGAGUGCGAGCUCUGGAAUCAGAAAAAGAGUUGGAAGAAUUGAAAAAGAGAAAUAUUGACUUAGAAAAUGACAUAUCAUAUAUGAGGACCCGCCAAGCUCUUCCUCGAGAUUCUGUCAUAGAAGAUUUACAUUUACAAAAUAGAUACCUACAAGAAAAACUUCAUGUUUUAGAAAAACAGUUGUCAAAGGAUGCAUAUUCUAGACCUUCAACUACAGGAAGAGAGUCAGACGAACACUAUCAAAGAGAACAGGAGCUUCAGAGGGAGAACUUGAAGUUGUCAUCUGAAAAUAUUGAACUAAAGUUUCAGCUUGAACAAGCAAAUAAAGAUUUGCCAAGAUUAAAGAAUCAAGUAAGAGAUCUGAAGGAAAUGUGUGAAUUUCUUAAAAAAGAAAAAGCAGAAGUUGAGAGGAAACUUGGCCAUGUUAGAGGGUCUGGUAGAAGUGGAAAGACAAUUCCAGAACUAGAAAAAACCAUUGGUUUAAUGAAAAAAGUAGUUGAAAAAGUCCAAAGAGAAAACGAACAGUUGAAAAAAGCAUCAGGAAUACUGACCAGUGAAAAAAUGGCUAAUAUUGAGCUGGAAAAUGAAAAAUUGAAGGCUGAAUUAGAAAAACUUAAAGUUCAUCUUGGACGUCAGUUGAGCAUGCGCUAUGAGUCCAAAACCAAAGGCACAGAGAAAAUUGUUGCUGAAAAUGAAAGGCUUCGUAAAGAACUUAAAAAAGAGACUGAAGCUGCAGAGAAAUUGCGGAUAGCUAAGAAUAAUUUAGAGAUACUAAAUGAGAAGAUGACAGUUCAACUAGAAGAGACUGGUAAGAGAUUACAGUUGGCAGAAAGUAGAGGUCCGCAGCUGGAAGGUGCUGACAGCAAGAGCUGGAAGUCAAUCGUUGUUACAAGAAUGUAUGAAACCAAGUUGAAAGAAUUGGAAACUGAUAUUGCCAAAAAAACGCAAAGCCUUACUGAUCUUAAACAGCUUGUAAAACAAGCGACAGAGAGGGAACAAAAAGCUAAGAAAUACACUGAAGACCUCGAACAACAAAUUGAGAUUCUCAAACAUGUUCCUGAAGGUGCCGAGACAGAGCAAAGCCUUCAACGGGCGCUUCAAGUUCUAAGAUUGGCUAAUAGACAGCUGGAAAAAGAAAAGGCAGAAUUAAUCCAUCAAUUAGAAGUUAACAAAGACCAAAGAGAAGCUGAAAGCACCAUAUCUGAUCCUGAUCAAGUAACGGAAAAGGUAAAAGAUUUAGAGACACAGCUCAAAACCUCAGAUAUAGAAAAGCAGUAUUUGAAGGAGGAAAUAAAAAAGUUGAAGAAAGAACUGGAAAACUUUGAUCCUUCAUUUUUUGAAGAAAUUGAAGAUCUGAAGUAUAAUUACAAAGAAGAAGUGAAAAAGAAUAUUCUCUUGGAAGAGAAAUUAAAAAAACUUUCUGAACAAUUUGGAGUUGAAUUAACCAGUCCUGUUGCUGCUUCAGAACAGUCUGAAGAUGAAGAAGAAAGUCCUGCUAAUCUCCCCAUUUAUUAAGGGCCACCUGUAACUGUAGUUUUACUUAACUGUUUAUUAACUUCGUAAGUUAAGAUUCCAUCAGGAAAUCAAGUCUCUGACCUUCAUGAUUUCCGUUUCCAUAUCCUGUACCUUGGAAGUUUUAGUAAAAUUUACUAGAUAACCAAUUUAAAAUUAAAUUGGAAAUUUACUAAAAUUUAGUAAAUUUUAAAUUUUGUAAUUUAAAGUAUGAAAUUUUAAACAUUAAAAAAGCAUAUUUUUGAAGAUUUUUAGAUUCAGUUAGGACUAUCAAAUGAGUUAUGAACUGUACAUUCAUAAUUAAGUUUUUUAAAGAGCAUGGGGGUGAACUUUAAUAAAUUUAAUAUUUAAAACUGGGCUUUUACAUUUAUUACAUAUUUAUAUGUGUUAAGACUAUUUUACAUAUAUGUACUUGUAUAUAUAUAAACAUGAGGUUACAGCCACAGGUUAAGUGUCUAGUAAGAUUAAAUUUACCUUUUUAAACUCUUUAAUUUUGAAAGUUGAUGAUAUAGAAUUGUUCAUUUAACUGCUGUUUGUAAAUUACUCCCCAAUUAUGGUAGACAAAAUCCAAUCUUUGUACAAGGUAGGGAGAUUAAUAUUACAUUUUUAAGUCUAGUGGUUGGAAUUCAUUUGCUGCUUCUAAAUAAAAUCUUGAAUAGACA